AUGGAGGAUAAGAAGAAGCUUCCAGAACUUGAUUCUUUUAUGGAACAAGUGAAGCUCGUGGAGAUGGAAGAUAAGAAGAUGCUGUCUAGCACUUCAUCAACCAGUGUUGUGGUGGGAAUUGAUGAAGAUCUGAUGCAGCUCAAGGAUCGCCUGAUCGGUCAACAGCAGAAAAAGCUGGAGAUUGUCCCCAUCGUUGGUAUGGGUGGAAUAGCUGACAUAUGGAGCACGAAAUUCUGGGAUGAGAUAAGGAUGUGCUUCCUAGAUAACAACAAUGGGAGUCGCAUUGUGAUCACCACUAGGGAAUCUGAUGUGGCGAACUAUGCUGACUAUUCGAGUUUGAAACAUCCGGUGCAGUUGCUUAGCGAGUUUGAAAGUUGGAAUCUGCUUCACCAACUUGUGUUUGUGGAAGAGGAGUGCCCUCCUGAAUUGCAAGACAUUGGUCGAAAAAUUGCCAACGGUUGCAGUGGGCUUCCUCUAGCCAUCGCUGUAAUUGGAGGGCUACUAUCUAUGAUCAAAAGGUCAGAAGAUGGUUGGGAGAAAAUUGGGAACAAUGUAAUAGCAGCAAUUGCCAGAAAUGCUAUAGUAUUUUGUCUUUAA